AGCAAAUCCGUAGUUCCCCGUGUAGAGUUGGAUGUUUACUUUUGUUUUUUUUUUCGAACCGCACGCACCGACGACGGGUCCACACUUUAUUUCUCUCCAAUUUGUUUUGCCGGCAUUUUGGCGUAAGUGUACUGAGCAGAACUCGACUGUGUGUUUUUUGUUUUGUGCGUGCUGUUCAGUGUAAAAGUAAGAACAAAACCCAUUAAGAAAUAAACAAUAAAAAUAGCCGAAAAAGUACAAACCGGUUGCACAUAUAAUACAAAAAACCAAAAAAAAAACAACAAAAACCACGUCAUUUGCGGACCCUCAACGUUCAACAGCAAUCAACAUCAUCAAGUUUUUCGGGCCCAAGGACAUCCCAUCGCCCAUAUAGACGGUCGGAUCUGAGGAGAGAGAGGGAAUCGAGCUUGGAAUCGGAGACGUAGACGGAACCGUACAAAUAUGUCAGACCGGAGAACUCACACACAGAUGGGGCCGCCGCCGCCGCCCCCCAAGCCAAACAAAUCGCAGACAUCGAAUGGAGGCAACGGCAACGGCAACGGCAGCGCCAAUGGGGUCCUGCCGAAUGGCAACAGCAACAGCAACAACAGUUAUAGCAGCAAUAACAGUAACAACAAAUGGCAGCACGGCAAUAAAAGUGUCGCAGCCCCGCUGGUUGGCGGAGGCGCCACAACUGGCGAACAGACAGAGAGCCAGAACACGAGCGCCUCUCGGAGGAGCCAGACACCGCCGCGGACAGAGCAGGUCGUGAUGACGCCCCGAGGCAAGACAGCCAACAGCACGGUGAUCCUCAUCGAGAGGAAGCUGGUGGACGAGAUCAACGACCGGGUGCACGUGGCCGGCGGCGAUCACACGGGCAUCAUCAUCAACAAGGACACGGUCGCCGGGCAGAAGAGCGCCAGCAAGGCGGCCGCCCUCUCGCUGGAGUUUCGGGUGUUCCUCGUCAGCGCCAAUACGGGCAAGCACUCGCAGGAGUCGCGCACGCUGCGCUUUUGGUUCCGCGAUUGGCUGACCAACGACGAGAAGCAGGCCCACAUUGCCCAGGACUUCUUCAAGGAGCUCGUCAGUCCGCAGGACUUUCCCAGAGACUAUGUGGGCUUCAUCAAGAAGAUCAUGAAGCUGAUGCAGCACGGAUACUCGGAGAUCCAGUCGAUCGAGAUCGAGCUGCGGAUCCUGGAGCAGACAUCGGCCCCGCCAUCGCGUCCGCCUCGGGAUGGUUACAUCAUCUACUGCUACGGCGAUUGCAAUCGCAAGUUCGAGGAGGCGCUGCUGGCGCAGAGGAAAACAGUUUCUCUGGAGGAAUCGCAGUUCGAAUCUCCGCCGCUGACACAGGAGAAGGUGCUCGAGCUGAUCGAGCAGGCCUAUCCCAAUCCCGUUUCGCCCGAGGACCUGGCCAAGGACUACGGAUGGAGCGAGCAGGACGUACUGCUGGUCAUACAGUCGCUGCAGGAGCGGGGCCUGAUCAAGUCGAUGGAGUACAAUGCCUACACCCGCAUCCAUCACGAGGACAAGGAGAUCAAGGUGGUGAAACAGAUGCCGACGAUAGCCUCCAACAAGCAGCCGACGAUUGCCAUCAUCACGGCGCAGUACUGCGAGAAGCUGGCGGUGGAUGCGAUGCUCGAGAACAAGGAGACCUUCGUUCGCUACACCACAGUCGAUUCCGAUCCCAAUCUAACGAACACCCUAAGAAAAUCAAAAAAGAAACGAAGAUUUGGUGAAUCGAAUGUCUAUACCUUGGGCAACAUUGGGGCACACCGGAUAGUGAGCACAAAGCUACCGUCGGUUGGCAGCACCAGGGAGGCGAUGACUGCCACGGGCAACACGACCACACGGCUCCUGGGCACAUUCCAAAAGGUGGACUUUGUCUUCAUAGUGGGCGUCGCCGGCGGUGUGCCGCACUACACCGACUACAAGAAGCAUGUGAGGCUGGGCGAUGUGGUCAUCUCGUACGUGGACAAACAGCGGGCACUCCUAAGCAACAGCAAGGAGAAGCCGUAUGUGUAUUUGUACAAGAGCGGCGAGGAUGUGAAGACCUAUUUUCCGAUCAACGACUCACUGCAGCAGAUCGCCGAGAGUCUGCAGGCAAACAUGGAGCUGAAGCGUCCUUGGGAGAGCUAUCUGGGUCAGGCCCAGCAGACGCUCGCCCAGAAGACGGAGAGCGACUUCGGGCGGCCGGACCCCAAGACGGACAAGCUCUUCAUGAACAUCGGCAACAACGAGGUCAUCGAGGUGGCCCAUCCCAUUGCCGCCGACGAGGUGAACGGUGUGCCCCGCCUGCGGCUGCAUCUCGGUCCGAUUGGCUCUGGCCGGGAUCUCGUCCGCAGCGACGAUCUGCGCACCCAGUUUGCUCGCAAGUACGGCCUCCUGGCCACCGAUGUGGAGAUGAGCAGCGUCCUUGACAGCAUUAUCGGCAAUUGCCGCGAGAGCUUCAUUCUGGUCAAGGGCAUCUCCGACUACAAGGACGGCAUGUCCACCCGCAAGUGGCAGAACUUUGCCGCCCUUUCGGCAGCGGCAGUCGUCAAGUCGGUCAUCUGUGGCAUGGAUGCGCCCACCAAUGUCUGAGCGGUGGCAUUUCAUCUACACCUUCAUCCACUUCAGUUCAGUUCAGUUCAGACCAGUCCGAUCCGGUCCCCACUUCCCAUGCCUGUGCUUGUAUUUCAUUAUUUACCCAACGGCGGACACGGAAAUGGAAGCGAAAGAGGGGUUUUUUUUGGGAAAUGGGCUGGAGGGAGGACUUCACCUGGUAAACCAAAAUGUAUGGCAAUCGUGGGAUGCGUGCUCGAUUGCAUUACGAUUAUAAUAUGUAUGUUUGAGUAAUAUUGUAUGUAUUAAAUAAUUUCUUGUUA